AUGAAUCAAUAUGAUCAAUGGAAUCGUAGAAUUCGGACAAUAUGGUACUGUAGUAGUCUGUAUGUAGAAUAUAAGAACGCUUUGAGGAAAUCCAAAAAAAUGCCGGUGGAGAAAAAAAAUGAAUACUGGGAAAAGAAGCAUGAAGAAUUUGCUACAAAGAUGUUAAAUAAUAUAUAUGAAUUAAGAGGUUGGUGGGUUAAAGUAGGACAAUUUUUAAGUACCCAGGAAAAUAUCAUGCCUGUUGCUUAUAUAGAAAAAUUUACGAAGCUGCAAGAUAUGAUGCCUACGUCUUCAUUUGAUAAAAUAGAAAAUAUUUUAAAAAAGGAAUUAGGUAACAUUUAUGAAAUGUUUGAAUACAUCGAUAAAGAACCACUAGCUAGCGCUUCCAUUGGACAAGUACAUAAAGCGAAAUUAAAAAAAUAUGAUAAACAUAUAUGCGAUAUAGACAGUAGAAAGCAUAAGGAUUAUAAUGUAAUAAUAAAAAUUCAACAUGAAGGAAUAGAUCAGUUUUUGUCAUCAGAUAUAAGUACUUUAAAAAAAGUGUCUUGGGCAUUUGGAUUAAUAGAUAAGAAUUUUUAUUUUACAGAUUUUAUAGAUGAAUGGCAAGAUUCUGCUUCUCGAGAAUUAAAUUAUAAAUAUGAAUUAUAUCAUCAAUUGUUAGCUUAUAACAGUUUUAAAAAAUCAGGUAUCCCUGUAAAAAUACCUAAAAUUUAUUGUGCUCAUACAACUUCUAAGGUAUUGGUUAUGGAAUAUAUUAAAGGCUUUAAAAUAACUGAUACUGAAUUACUUAAAAAAUAUAAUGUAGAUACAUAUAAAAUGGUCUAUAAAAUUAUUGACUAUUUUGCUUAUCAAAUACAUAAUGAUGGUUUUUUUCAUGGGGACCCACAUCCGGGAAAUAUAUUAGUCAUGAUGGAAGAAAAGAAAAAAAGAAAAAGGAAAAAAAAAUAUAAUAAAGAUAAAAUAAAUAACUCGAAAAUGAAAAUGAAAAAUGAAAAUAUAUAUAUGAACAAGAGAAAAAAAAAUCAUAAAAAAAGUAAUAGGAAUUCUAAGAAAAAGUUAAGAAGUUGUAAAAAAAAAAAACUAGAAAUAAAUAAAGAAAGAGAAAAAGGAGAAGAAAAGAAAAAAAAUAUGUAUAAUAAUAAUGAUAUAAAUUAUUGUGAAAAUAAAAAUGAAGAUAUUAUAACAAACAAUCCCAAAUUACAAAAUAAUAGUAGUGAUAUGAAAAAUAUAAUAAAAUUUACAAGUUAUUCCAAAAGUGUAUCUUCAUCUAAUGCUUCAUUGAUGGAUCAUUUUGUGGAUUCAAGAUAUAAUAUUGAUAAAAUGAGAGCUCCUAAUAAUUUUUCGAAUCCUUUUCAUAAAUCUUUUAGUUUUGUUGAUUAUUCACUUAAUCAAGAUGUAGAUUCCGAUAAAAUGAAUCAAGAAGAUUAUGAAUAUAUUUUGAAGGAAAAUAUGAGUGAUGGUUUAGAUAAUAUGAAAAAUUGUCUCUCAAUAUCCCAUGAAUAUAUUUCAUGCGAUCAAUCAAGAAGUGGAGUAACAUCUAUUGCGACAAGUAGGAAAACACAAAAUAGGGAUUCUAACAAAGCUAGUGAAAAUAGUAUUAUGGAAUCUCGAGAAACAACGAUGUUUUCUUUUGUUAACAAUAUGGAGGAGUUAGUCAAGAUGAAAUCCGAGACUAAAACGGAUCUACAAAUUAAAGGUAAUGAUAAAAAAGUGGUUAAAGGUAGUAAGUGUGACAAUAAAAAUGAUCAAAAUGUUAAUAAUGAUAAUAUUAAUAAUGAUAAUAUUAAUAAUGAUAAAAUUAAUAAUGAUAAUAUUAAUAAUGAUAAUAUUAAUAAUAAUAAUAUUGUUAAUAAUAAUAACAAUAUUUCUAAUGGUGAGAAAGAGAAAAACAAAAGUGGUCCGAUAUACAAAUCCAAAUUCAAACUAUCAGAUUUAAAAAAAAGAAAAAAUGCAAAAUAUAAUUUUGUACCUGUUAUUAUUGAUUGGGGUUUAAUUAAACAAUUAGAUAGCGUAAUGAAAUUCGCCUUUUGUAAAUUAGUUUAUAAUAUUAGUUGUAUGAAUGUAUUAAAUAUUAUAGAAGCCUUUGAAGAUAUGGGUUUCUGCUUUAAAGAAGAUUUUACAUACGAUCCUGAAAUAUAUAUUGAGAAUUUGAAAACAUACUUUUUAAGCAAAUUAGAAGAAUCUAAAAGUAAAGGUAAUGAAGGAGAAAAGGAAUUUGGUAGUGCUAAUACAAUUGAUGAAGCAAAUAAGAGUAAUAAGAAUAUGGAAAUAUUAAAAAAUAUUGAAAAAAAAGAUGUUAUGGAUAAAAAUCCGAUAAGUGAUGUACCUAAAGAUAUUAUAUUUUUUAUGAGAGUAGCAUCAUUAUUACAUGGAUUAUGUACACAAUUAAAUGUAAAAAUUAAUUAUUUAAAUAUUUUUUCCAGAAGAGCUAAAGAAGCUUUAGAAAAAAUAUAUAUACCAAUAAAUAAUAGUAUACACACAAUACCAAUAGAUAAAUGUCCAAAUACAUUUGUAGAAAAAAGAAUUCAUCAAUUUAUAAAAACAUUAUAUGAAAAAAAAAAAAUAUUAGGAUGUCAAGUAGCCAUUAUACAUAAAAAAAAGCUAGUUGUUAAUACAUGUGUAGGAAUUACAAGUACAACAGAUAAAAGGCCUAUAACAAAACAUUCUUUAUUUAAUGGAUAUUCAUUAAACAAAAUUAUUUUAAAUAUAGCUCUAUAUCAUCUUAUAUGUAACUCAGUAAAUGAACAAACGUCAGGUGAAAGUAUUCUGCUCGGUAUGGAUAAGAAAAAGGAUAAGCUAGGGGAAAAGAUAAGUCAAAAAAUUCAAGAAAAAAUAAAUGAAAAGAUAAAAAUUAAAUCAAGUGCGAAGGACAAAAAUCAAUCCGAUGAAAAAAUUAAAAUGAAGAUAAACGAAAAGGAUAAGGAUAAGGAUAAGGGUAAAGGUAAGGAAAAGAAUAAAAAUAAUAAUAAGCAAAACAAUGAUAGGGAUAAAAAUAAUAAUGAGGAAAACAAUAAUAAUGAGGACAAUAAUAAGGAUAACAAUAAUAAUAAUAAUAAUAAUAAUAAUAAUAAUAAUAAUAAUAAUAAUAAUAAUAAAUUAUUAAACGAAAUGGAUCAAAGUAAACACAAUGCAAAUGAAAAAACAUCCAAUAUGAAAAAUAACAAUAAACUUUAUGAAGAAGAAGAUGUAGAGGAUGAAGUUGCUGAUGAUAAUAAAACAGAUAAUGAAAAUAAUUAUAUUACCGAAAAAUUAAAUGAAUUUAAUAAAAUAGAAAACGAUUAUUUUUCAGCAAAUGUUAAUGAAAAUAUAAUUAAAUGUGAAGAGUUUGGUGAGAGCAAGGAUAUUAUAAGUCCUUUAUCUGUCAAUAGUUUCAUAAGUUUUGAUAGUUAUAAUAGUUAUAAUAAUAAUGUUAGUUGGAUCAGUAGUAUGAGUAGGAAUAGUUACAAAAGUAUGAUUGAAAGGAUAGAAGAUGAUGUGGAAUAUAAAGAAAUUAAUGAUGAUCUACCUAAUGAUAGUAAGGUUAGUUGUAUGAGCGAAUACAAAAAGGAUGAUAAAUAUAAAGGGAGAAAUUAUAUACAUGAUCACAAUAAUGAUGAUGUACAUCAUCAUAAUAAUCAUAAUAAUCAUAAUAAUCACAAUCAUCACCAUAAUCAUCACCAUAAUCAUCACCAUAAUCAUCACCAUAAUCAUCACCAUAAUCAUCACCAUAAUCAUCACCAUAAUCAUCACCACCAUCACCAUCAUGAUAAUAAUAUAAAUAAAAGUAAUAAAGAUACAGAGUCCAAUCCAAAUAAAUCCAUAAAUAUAUAUCCAAAUAUAUCAUAUAACAAAAUGGAUACCUUAAUACAAAAAAAACAAAGUUAUAUUGAUGAGAAAAACUUUAUAAAAAGUAUAGAAAGCAAACAAAUAAGAAAUUUCAAAAAUAUUAUUAACGAUCAUAUUUGUAAUUACUGGGAUGGAUUUAUAUGUAAUAAUAAAAAAAAUAUAACGAUAAAAGAUAUAUUAACUUUAAAGUGUUUUAUUAAGAAACCUUUUCAUGAUAAAAUAACGUUAAGCAAAUUUAUAGAUUACGAUCAAAUGAUAAAUAUGAUUGAGAACUCUAAGCAUUAUAAGAGUUCAGAUAAGACGUCGAAAUAUGGAGAGUAUUUAUAUUUAAUCGAUACGUAUAUUAUAUCUGAGUUAAUACAUAAUAUAUCAGGAUUACAUUAUUAUGAGUAUAUAUAUAAAUAUAUAGUGAAACCAUUAAAUUUGACUGAAGAAAUGUUUGUACCUAUACCUUCAGAAUUAUUAAAAAAUCAAAAAUACGAAGAUUCAAAAAAGAAAAAUGUCAACAAUCAAAAUAAUGUAAAUACCACUGGUGGUCUUAGUAAUAAUAAUUUAGAUAAAACAAAAAAAUAUAUAAAGGAUAAAAAGACAAAUGUUAUAGAUAAGAAAUCUAUUGUUAUGGAUAAAUGGCCUAACAUGAUGAAGGAUUAUACAACCGGUGCUUUAAAAAAUAAUGAAUACAAGUCAACUUCAUUUAUUGGUGGUAAGAAAUUUAAAAAGUCUAGUACUAUUUCCAACUUUAUAGACGAUAUAAAUGAUGAUAUGAAUUUUUAUAUUAUGAACGCGGAACUUUUAAAGUUUGAAAAUAUUAAUUUAAAGAAUACCAUAUCUAACAAAAAAAAAUUUGAUAGUAAUCAAAAAGUUUUAUCCAAAAAAAGAAGUAUAAGUGUAGAUGUGUAUUAUUCUAAGAAAAAAAUUAAAGAUGGUAGUAAGAAGGAGAAAAAAAAAAAUAAGGAUAAGAAAGAUCAAAAGGGAAGUAAAACCAAAAUGGAUUUUGAAAAAAGAGACAUUGCAGAAAUGAAGAAAGUAGAUAGGAAUGAACAGAAAGACCAAACGAAUCAACAGAAAGAUCAAACGAAUGAACAGAAAAACCAACCGAGUCAACAAAACGAACAAAUGUAUGAUGACAUAGUUGAAACGUAUGAAGAUAUAAUUGAAACAUAUGAAGACAAAAUAGAACUAAACCAUGAUAAUGAUGAUAGUAACAUAAAAACGAAUGAUGUUUAUCAUGACAUUAUAGAAGAGAAAGAAGACAAUGAAUAUUAUAAUAAUAUUAAGAAUGAAUAUGAGAAUAAAAGGAAUAAUAAUAAAAUUGAAAUAUCAAAGGAUUCUUUAAAUAAGAAUCCAUCUAAUAUAGAAUGUAAAAUGAAUAUUUUAAUAAAUAACGAACUUAUAGAUAAUGAAAAUGCAAGAAAAUUAGAUUCAAGUAAUCUUCUUGAAAGUACCUUAAGGAAUAAAGAAUCCUUUAGUUUUAAAAAUAAAUUUCUGAAUCAUGUAGAUAAUUUAAAAUUAAAAACGAAGAAAAUAAAUGAUUCUAUAAAAAAUAUGUAUGAAAAUAAUGAGAAUAUUUUUUUGAAAAAUUUCUUUCUAUCAUCUAAGAAAUAUGAUAAUAUAGAAAAUAACUUAGAUCACAGAAAUGUAGAGGCUAAUUGUGUAGAUAAUAAUAUGUGUGAAAGUAAUAGUCUGAAUAAUAGUUGUUAUAAUAAUAGUUUUUAUAAUAGUUUUUAUAAUAGUCAUAGUAAUAGUAAAAAUAGUAGUAAAAUAAGAAACUACAAUAAUAUGGAUAAGGAAAAUAAUAAUGUUAAUAGUGAUAAUAUAAAUUUCAAUCCCAAUGAUAAUAAAAAGAAAAAUAGUUAUAAUAAUAAUAAUAAUAAUAAUAAUAACAAUAUUAUGGUGAGUUCUAGCCCUUAUAUUUAUAAUUACAACAAUAAAUAUAUAUUAAAAGAAAAUUAUGAUAAAAAAUUUAAUAUGAACAAAUUUAAUAAAGUAAUGUUAUCUAAUCAAAAAGAACCAGUUCAUAAAAAUAAUAAAAAAGAUAAUUUAUUUUUAUUUGAAGAAAGAGGUAAGAGAUCACAUAGUUAUAGUGACUGUAGAAAUGAAUCACACCAUGUAAUGAAAAAUUCUUAUAUGGAGAAUAUUAACAAUAUAAAUAAUUAUAGUAAUAGUAGUAUGAAUUACUUAAACUAUUAUAUUAGUAAUAAGAAAAGUGUAAAUUAUAUGAAUGCUAAUGGGGUCGUCAUAAAUUAUGAUGAUAAUAAUAAUAAUGUAAAUAAUGUUAAUAAUGUAAAUAAUAUGAAUAAUAUAAAUAACAAUGAAACUAAUAAUACUAACAAAAUGAGCUUCUUUACAAACACUAUCUUGAAUACUUUUCAAGAUAAAAAUAAUAAGACAAAAAAGAAAAAAGAAGUGAAAUGUUUAAGUAAUGAAGAUAAAUAUUUUUAUAAUUUAGAAGAAAGAAGAAAAUAUUAUAAAUAUAAUUUUGAUAAAAAUAUCAGAAAGUUAUUUAACAAUGUGGAUACAAAAACGAGUGGUGAAGAAUCAGCAAAUAGUCUAUUGAAAGAAAAAUAUAAUAAAUAUCAUAAGAGAAAUAAAAAAUAUAAAAAAUUGUUCGAAUAUAUCAAACAAUUAAAAGAUCAUAUAAAAAAAAAAAGCGAUCAUAUUAGAGAGGCAAAUGAAGCAUUUAUAAGAAGUAUAAAACAAAAGCAAGAGGACGAAAAUAAAAAAAAAGAAGAGAAUAAAAAAAAAGAAGAGAAUAAAACAACUGAUGGGGGUAAAACAACUGAUGGGGGUAAAACAACUGAUGAGGGUAAAAUAAUUGAAGAGGGUAAAAUAAUUGAAGAGGGUAAAACAACUGAUGAGGGUAAAACAACUGAUGAGGGUAAAACAAUUGAUGAGUGUAAAACAACUGAUGAGUGUAAAACAACUGAUGAGUGUAAAACAACUGAUGAGUGUAAAACAACUGAUGAAGGUAAAACAAUUGAAGAGUGCAAAAUCAUUGAAGAUAAUAAAAAGGGUAGUGAAGAUUACAAUAAAAAUGAAGAGAAUAAAUCGAAAGAGGAAAAAACACCAAACGAUGACAAAUACGAAUUUGUUCAAGAUACUGAAGAGCUCAUAAAAAAGGUUACGAAAAAAGAUCAAGAGUUGUUGAAAAAAUUAAUAGAAUAUAAAUACCAAAUAUUAAAAAAACAAAAUAAUAACCUUAUGAAAAAAAAAAAUAAAGAAAAUAUAUAUAUGAACGAUUAUUCAGAUAAUAUAGAGAUGUUUAGUGAUACUGAAACGGAUUCUACUGAUUAUUAUGAUGAAGAUGAUGCAGAUUAUGAUGAACAUAUGGUUGAAUAUAAUAAUUAUCAUGAUGAAAGUAAUCAGAAUACAAAAGAUUAUAUAUUUUAUGAUAAGAAAAAAACGAGAAGAGAACUAAAAGAAUUACGACGUUUUAAUGAAAGGAAGAAAAGGUUAGAAACAUAUUUAAUUAUGAAUAAGUUAUAUAAUCAAAAUAAAAAAGGAGUGAUAUCAAAAGAAUAUCAUACAAUUAAUAAAAAAACGGAUGUAUAUUGGCGACUAGCAUUUGCAAGAAGAAAUAUCAAUGUAUUAGAAAACGUAACACAAGAGGAUGUGAAUAAUCAAUUAGAAAUGUUAAAGUCAAAUGGGAAGGUACAAAAAAAGGGAGCAGCACAUAAUAAGGAAAAUGAAAAUGAGGAAAAAAAUAAAAAUAAUAAAAAUAAUUAUAUUCAUAAUAGUAGUAAUAAUAUAAAGAAUGAUCAAGAGAAAUCAUCACUAAAUGAUAAUAAAAAUUUUGAUAACAAACUUAAAAUGUAUGUAGAUAAUUUUAAUAUUAAACAAUAUAAUAAAUAUAUAUCAUUAUUCCAAUUAAUGCAAUCGAAACCAUAUAUUUUAGAUCCAUUAAUUUAUGAUUCAAAAAAAAUUUUGGAUAAAUUUAUACCAAUCAAUGGUAGAUUUACAGCAAAAGCAUUAUGUAAAUUAUUUGCAUUUGUGAAUAACGAAUUUUUUUUUCCAUCUUAUAUUAUUAAUAAAAUAAGAAAGAAAUAUACUAUUGAUAAAAGUGUAGAGGCAUUGAUUUUAACAGGAGCUAUGAGUAGAACAUGGGGUAUGGGUUUUCAACUUUUUGAAUGUGAAUAUAAUGCUAAUAUUAAUGAUGAAUUUAAUUUAUAUAAAAAAAAAAAUAAAUAUAAAAAAAAAAAUGUAGAAUCUAGAAAAAAAAAAAAAAUAAAUAAAAAAAAAAAAAAAAUUGUUGGAUAUGGACAAUCCGAUUUUUCAGGAUGUUUGGCUAUAUCAUUUCCAGAAAUUGAUUUAUCUAUCACAAUACUUUUAUCUGACGUUUUUAAAGGAGCAGACGUGUGUCAUCUCUUAUUAGAAUUUAUAUUAAAACUAUACGGAUUGAAACCUCAAUGGAAAGUGCCUGUCAAAAUGUCUGAACUUGUCAAAGUUUUUUAA